UUCGGCGCGUGCACGCCGCAGUUACACAAGCCUACUGCGCGUUCACAGAAUCUUUGGGCUCCGUGGGCUGUGAAUGAGAGUCGGACACUGCAGUUUGUAGAUAUGUGGAUUCAUGCUGUUGGAUUUGCUGCUCUACCCCAUGUGGGUGGAUUUUUUGGAUGGAUGUUUACCAGAAAAAGUGUGCCUACCUGGUAUGAGACUUUAAAUAGGCCAUCAUGGCGCCCACCCAAUAAGGUGUUCCCAGUAGCUUGGACUACUCUUUACACUGGAAUGGGAUAUGGUUCUUAUUUAGUUUGGAAAGAGCUUGGAGGGUUCACUGAAGAUGCCAUUGUCCCACUGGGGCUGUAUGGAGCACAGCUGGCAUUGAACUGGGCUUGGACUCCCAUUUUCUUUGGGGCACACAAAAUCAAAUGGGCAUUUUAUGAACUACUGGUGCUGUAUGGGACAGUGGGGGCAACAAUGUUUUCUUGGUACCCAGUUAACAAAACCGCCACCUUUCUGAUGGUGCCCUAUUUGAUGUGGCUUACAUUGGCUGCAACUCUUAACUACCGCAUCUGGAGAGACAACCCUGAUAAAAAGGAGGACUAAGUGCUUGGUGUGAUGCUGCACCAAGACAAGACAAGACAUUGGGUUAUCGAUGAGGUUUAUCAUUUCUCUUUUCCUAAAAUCACAUAUCGUGACACAAAUGUGCCUACUGAAUGUUUUAUGGGUGUCAUAUAUUGCUUGUGUCUUUUGAAAUCUGGUAGUGGAUUGAAAUGAAUCAUGCUUGCAUUUGGAGAUAGGAAAUUAGAAAUUAAGAUUUUAAGGUUUUGUACUCAGUGAUCUAGUUGGGCAACAUACAUUUAUACAAAUACUAAUUAACAAAGUAUAACUUCAGUUGUAAUUAGACAUAAUAUUACCAGUUUGACAAAUAAACAAUUUUGCAGUUUAUAAAUUAUUUUUAAGUACUUUCCUUGUCUGAAGCUGAAUCAGAUUCAGAGAUGAGCAAACCGGGAUGAUUCCAAGUCUGUCAGAAGAACAGCGUCCUCAAUGCGAAGAAUUCACUUGAUGUUACCUGAAUCUGUUUUUACUUCUAACUUUAAAAUUAGCCCGAUCAUAAACAGGAAAUGCUAUUCACGUAGAAUUGUUUUAGAAUUGAAGACAGUGCAGGUAUUCUUCAUCAGUGAACAAGAGAGCGGGAGCAGAUCUUCAAUUUAAAACUCUAAAAAUCUCUUGUGAAUUGCAUUUCCAGUUUAUGUGUGCUGAUUUUUCUGGACAUAUGUAUUUAACACUAUUUUAGCAAAAAAUUAAAGUGUUUUGCAUAUUGUAAA